UUUCAAGCUAGUGAUGGAACUAUUUGGCAUCAUGGCUUCUCAUGAUGGUGGAGGAUAAAGGCGGAGAAUGGGCCAAUGCCGUUCCAAUUGCAUUUCCAACCCACUUGAAUUCUGAGGACAUGAAACAAACGGGUGGGCUGGACGGCAAGGGCUCUACAUAACCUAAGAACUUAGGAUUUCACAGGUCUGACUUUUGGCAAUUUUCAUCCGUAUAUUCUUGGAUCUAAGACUUCUCUUUUAAGAUCGAACUUCAAUCUAUGUUUAGAUUGAGUUUCGUAUAGCUUUAGUAAAUACUGAUUUUAAUCAGUAAACAGUUGAAUAUUGGACAAACACACGCAGUUCAGUUGGAAAAAAAAAAAAGAUCGGAGAGCACUUAUUAGUAUAUAAUUUAAUAAAUAAUUGGAAUAAGCACACUUCGAAUAGGAAAAAGACCGAAAAGGCGUUUAAAGAUCCAUCAGAAAACGUCUUGACAUUGUCGUGUCUUCUUUCUUGCACCUACCACUCCCAUGUCAAUUUAUUAAUCUCUCUCUCUCCUUCUAUCAAUAGAAAUAGAUUAAGGGCUGCAAUUUGGUUGACAAAGAAAGUGGGACAAUUCCUACAUCCUAUUCCCAAAAAGAAAUUAAAUUAUUUAAAUGUUGCGCUGUCCUUUGGUAUCCUCAAGUUGGUUUUGCCAUCUCUUCAACUUAUCUUCAAACGUAGGUGGACAUGAACUACACCCCAGAAUUCCCUUUCCGACAAUAAUUGUCGAAAGCUAUUCAUAUACUUCGAAACUUAAAUUCUAAGGCACAUAAUAUCUAUCAAGCACUCAUCAUACACCUUGCCAAUUUUGCCAACAACAGGGUCGGGUUAUUACGUGCAUGCUCACUUUGUUUGGUUUUUAGAGCCUUCACUUCCCAAUAAUUUGUUUUGGAUCAUUACCCAACAUUUGUCAUCUAAUGAGAGGGAAAACAAAGACGUUUGCUUUGUAGGCUUCCUGUGUUGUGAUCUUUUUCAUUUCUUAGUUGAUGUGGGACUUGGUCACUCUCAAUAAUCACUCAUUCAAACAGAGGACCGCAUAAUCUCUCUUGAAAUGGUCGUCUUUCAUGUCAAUCUCUCUAGCUUCUAUAUGAAGUAUGUGUUCAAUCAGGCUAGCUCUUCUUCUUUGGGGUGCAUGCGACCCGUGUCAUGAUGUGUAUUUUCACAUAUCUCAUUCAUCCCUAAUCCAACUAUGUGCAUCUCGUUUUUUAUUUGUUAAAUUUUCUAUUCAUUUACCCAACUAAAUCCAAACAUCAAAAACCUAACUAAAAGAGGAAAAACGACUCUCAGCAUUUUUUUUCUAACUUAAUGCUAAAGUGAGAGCGUUUUUCUAGGCUAUUCUCAAGCAAUUUUAAGUUUUAGUCUUAAGACUCAAACUCUCCCAAGUGAAUUCGAAGAGAUGAUGACAAAAAUAUGAUUUGUUGGUUUAAUCUGAAGAUAACGAGUGGACAAAUAAAAAGUGAAUAAGAAACAAAAAAUUAGUGGUGGGUGAUGAUCGGCUGUUACAUUUGUAUGAUGAAUCUUCUUUACAGUUUCACUUCAUUAAAUCCAAGAAUGAAAGGAAAUCACGUGAAGAAAAUGAAUUUUGUGAAGAUAUCUAAUGGAGAAUGACAGUUCCUUUAAUGUCUUGGACUCACAUGCUUGGCCCAAAGCAAAUAAUGCUAUUUAAUAUCCAAAAUAUAGCCUUAAUUUUAACAAUUCAUGUUAAUUUCUCACCAAAAUAUAUACAUGUCCAUGUAUUAUUAAUAAAUAUGUCAAUUCUAUUUAAUGAGAAACAAAAUUCUUCAUGUUUUGUGGCUUUGAUUUUCUUAGAAUCUUUCUUUGUUUUGUUUUGUAAUGAUCUCUUUUCUCAUGGUAUUCUCUUCAUCAUACUUGACAGAGUUAUUAGGUUUUUGGUUUUCUUGAUAUUUAUGUUGGUCUAAAUAUUUUUUGGAUGGAUAGCUGUUGAUACAUUAUUGACUAAAUUAUAUUUUGGAUGGAUAGCUGUUGCUCUAGUCACUCUCUACUACGGUAGUGUGUGUGUGUGUGUGUUUUUUUUUUUUUUUAAAUUUUGAAAAGUCUACUUUUAGUGUUUAGUCUACUUAAAAUUAUUUUUAUAGUGGAAGAGGGGGAAACCCCCAUAGGAGUGGUGAUUAUUUCGUGUAGGACUUGGGAGGAAGGAAGAAGAAACCAACAAAAUAUCUGGUCCUGUCCAAAUUCAUACUUAAAAUAAGAAAACGGGAAGUGAAAAGGCACUGCCACGUGGAGAAAGCACAACGUCCCGAUGAAAUAUGCGGCGACUCUAAUCCUUAAAAUUUAUACUUAAUUAAUAAAUGCUUACAACUUAAAUUUUUUGCUCGAAGAAGUAAAUAGGACAGAACACUCAUAUAAAUCUGGACCUUUUGCUUUCCUCUGCUCUGCUCUGCUCUGCUCCUCUCAGACUCAGAACCUUCUCCUCUUCUUUUCACUCCCAUUCCCUUUCCUAUAUCUGCAAAUUUAGUUCGUAAAAGAUCUUAGUUCGUUUCCCCUUUUUACGAAUCUUGACCCUAAAGUUCAGAGGGCUAUGAAAUCCCACUACCCAUUAAUGGGUCGAGUUUUUUCCGGCGGAAUUAAGUUCAGAGAAACCAGAACCGUCACCCACAAACCGGCGGCGGAGACCAAACUCGUCCGAAUUUCCUACACCGACGCCGAUGCAACUGAUUCGUCAAGUGGGGAAGACGAAGAGCCAAUCCUCGUCCGCCAUGUCAAACGCCACGUGACCGAGAUCAGGCUUCUCACUACCGAUUGUUCAAAAAAAGCGCCGCCGAAGUCCAGAGCUAAUCCGCCGCGAAAUUCAGAGAGUCAUAGAAAGUUUCGUGGAGUUCGGCGGCGCCCGUGGGGGAAAUGGGCGGCGGAGAUCAGAGACCCUUUACGGCGAACCAGAGUUUGGCUUGGAACCUACGACACGGCGGAGGAAGCCGCCGUUGUUUACGACCAAGCCGCUGUUCGCCUUAGAGGUCCCAGCGCUCUUACCAAUUUUGUCGCUGAAACUCCCCAUUCCGAAACAACGCUUGUCACAUAUCUCACUCCGCCGCCACCGGAAAAUCAAAGUGCGGCGGCGGCGGUUUCCGAAACCAAAGAAUCUCGGAGUAUCUGCUCCCCGACUUCCGUUUUGAGAUUAGAAGAUGAAAAUUGGAGAGCCAUUGACCAUUAUCUAAGCGAAGAAUCAGGAUUAGAAGACGAAUUCAAUUGGCUAUAUGAUCGGAAUUCUAACAGUUUCUUGUUCAAUUUAAUAAACCCACAACCGAUAUUUUCUGACCAAUUGGAAAUUACAAUUCCGAAAUGGGAAGACUUUGGGGACAUUUCGGUGGAUUUCGAUUCAUGUAAAUGGGACGUAGAGAAUUAUUUUCAAGAUCCAAACUUUAGUAUUGCGUAGACUGACUGACAAAACUAGCUGGGAUUGUACGGGCAGUUGUGACUGUGAGAGAGGAUUUUGUUUUGUUAUCCUUUUCUUUUUUUCUUUUUCUUUUUUGUUAUUAUUUAUUGAUUUGUUAUUAUUAAUUUCUAAAUUUUUGUUUCGUUUAAUUUUGUAUUCUAAUGUAUGUUUUAUGAGCUUUUAUUUUUGGAGUGAAUUGUAUUGUCUGGAAAUAGAAUAGUGAGGUGCAACUUUAUGUACUCCCCAACUUUUUCUAGAUUUAAGAUAUGUUCAAUAAAUGGGGGUAGGUUACAGAAUUUUAUUUGAGUAUCUAAAUACUUUAUUCUCUUUGGUUUUUGCUUUUU